AUGUCAGGCAGGAACACGGUGCCCACUGACUCCCCAGUCAUGGUCAUCCUUCUGGUGAGAAUCAGGCUCUCUAAGCCCCUCACAGGAGGCUCAAAAGUGUGGCCGGGCAAUGGAGGUGACCGGUGUCAGGGCCAGGUGGAGUUCCUGUACCAAGGCUGCUGGGACACCGUGUGUGACGACAGCUGGGACGCCCGGGAUGCAGACGUUGUUUGCCCACAGCUCGGCUGUGGCCAUUCACUGCCAGCCCUGGGUGGGACCCACCCUGGUCAGGGCUCAGGGGACGUUCUCGUGGGCACCGUGCACUGGUUGGGAAGGGAGCAACCCCUGCCCGCCCAGUUGCCCCACAGCGGGUGGUGCGACCGUGAACAUGGCCACGGGGAGCACGCUGGAGUCGGGCGCUCAGCUUCCCGGCCCCAGUCCACGCUCCUGCCAGAGCUUUGGGAGAGUGCAUUUUCCCGUCUCCUUCCAGGAACGGAAUCAGGUUUGGCCCUGAGGCUGGUGAAUGGAGGUGACAGGUGUCAGGGCCGGGUGGAGGUCCUGUACCGAGGCUCCUGGGGCACCGUGUGUGACGACAGCUGGGACACCAAUGACGCCAACGUGGUCUGCAGGCAGCUGGGCUGUGGCUGGGCCACGUCAGCCCCAGGAAAUGCCCGGUACGGUCAGGGCUCAGGGCCCAUCGUCCUGGACGACGUGGGUUGCUCGGGGCACGAGAGCUACCUGUGGAGCUGCCCUCACAACCCCUGGAACACACACAACUGUGGACACAGCGAGGACGCCAGUGUCGUCUGCUCAGGUUGGUCUCAAAUAAGCUGGGUUCCUCCGGACCUCUUCCUCCGGAAGACACAGGAGAGUGCAUUUUCCCAUCUCCUUCCAGGAACUGAAUCAGGUUUGGCCCUGAGGCUGGUGAAUGGAGGUGACAGGUGUCAGGGCCGGGUGGAGGUCCUGUACCGAGGCUCCUGGGGCACCGUGUGUGACGACAGCUGGGAAACCAACGACGCCAACGUGGUCUGCAGGCAGCUGGGCUGUGGCUGGGCCACGUCGGCCCCAGGAAAUGCCCGGUACGGUCAGGGCUCAGGGCCCAUCGUCCUGGACGACGUGGGCUGCUCGGGGCACGAGAGCUACCUGUGGAGCUGCCCUCACCGUGGCUGGAACACACACAACUGUGGACACAGCGAGGACGCCAGUGUCGUCUGCUCAGGUGACAGGCCCCAGUCCACGCUCCUGCCAGAGCUUUGGGAGAGUGCAUUUUCCCGUCUCCUUCCAGGAACGGAAUCAGGUUUGGCCCUGAGGCUGGUGAAUGGAGGUGACAGGUGUCAGGGCCGGGUGGAGGUCCUGUACCGAGGCUCCUGGGGCACCGUGUGUGACGACAGCUGGGACACCAAUGACGCCAACGUGGUCUGCAGGCAGCUGGGCUGUGGCUGGGCCACGUCAGCCCCAGGAAAUGCCCGGUACGGUCAGGGCUCAGGGCCCAUCGUCCUGGACGACGUGGGUUGCUCGGGGCACGAGAGCUACCUGUGGAGCUGCCCUCACAACCCCUGGAACACACACAACUGUGGACACAGCGAGGACGCCAGUGUCGUCUGCUCAGGUUUGGCCCUGAGGCUGGUGAAUGGAGGUGACAGGUGUCAGGGCCGGGUGGAGGUCCUGUACCGAGGCUCCUGGGGCACCGUGUGUGACGACAGCUGGGACACCAAUGACGCCAACGUGGUCUGCAGGCAGCUGGGCUGUGGCUGGGCCACGUCAGCCCCAGGAAAUGCCCGGUACGGUCAGGGCUCAGGGCCCAUCGUCCUGGACGACGUGGGUUGCUCGGGGCACGAGAGCUACCUGUGGAGCUGCCCUCACAACCCCUGGAACACACACAACUGUGGACACAGCGAGGACGCCAGUGUCGUCUGCUCAGGAACGGAAUCAGGUUUGGCCCUGAGGCUGGUGAAUGGAGGUGACAGGUGUCAGGGCCGGGUGGAGGUCCUGUACCGAGGCUCCUGGGGCACCGUGUGUGACGACAGCUGGGACACCAAUGACGCCAACGUGGUCUGCAGGCAGCUGGGCUGUGGCUGGGCCACGUCAGCCCCAGGAAAUGCCCGGUACGGUCAGGGCUCAGGGCCCAUCGUCCUGGACGACGUGGGUUGCUCGGGGCACGAGAGCUACCUGUGGAGCUGCCCUCACAACCCCUGGAACACACACAACUGUGGACACAGCGAGGACGCCAGUGUCGUCUGCUCAGGUUGUAGUCUUCAGAAUACACUUGGGCCUGAUGGAAGUGCAUUUUCCCGUCUCCUUCCAGGAACGGAAUCAGGUUUGGCCCUGAGGCUGGUGAAUGGAGGUGACAGGUGUCAGGGCCGGGUGGAGGUCCUGUACCGAGGCUCCUGGGGCACCGUGUGUGACGACAGCUGGGACACCAAUGACGCCAACGUGGUCUGCAGGCAGCUGGGCUGUGGCUGGGCCACGUCAGCCCCAGGAAAUGCCCGGUACGGUCAGGGCUCAGGGCCCAUCGUCCUGGACGACGUGGGUUGCUCGGGGCACGAGAGCUACCUGUGGAGCUGCCCUCACAACCCCUGGAACACACACAACUGUGGACACAGCGAGGACGCCAGUGUCGUCUGCUCAGGUGACAGGCCCCAGUCCACGCUCCUGCCAGGUUGGUGGACUUCCGCAACUCCUACCAAUGGAACUGAAUCAGGUUUGGCCCUGAGGCUGGUGAAUGGAGGUGACAGGUGUCAGGGCCGGGUGGAGGUCCUGUACCGAGGCUCCUGGGGCACCGUGUGUGACGACAGCUGGGACACCAACGACGCCAACGUGGUCUGCAGGCAGCUGGGCUGUGGCUGGGCCACGUCGGCCCCAGGAAAUGCCCGGUACGGUCAGGGCUCAGGGCCCAUCGUCCUGGACGACGUGGGCUGCUCGGGGCACGAGAGCUACCUGUGGAGCUGCCCUCACCGUGGCUGGAACACACACAACUGUGGACACAGCGAGGACGCCAGUGUCGUCUGCUCAGAGAGUUUGGCCCUGAGGCUGGUGAAUGGAGGUGACAGGUGUCAGGGCCGGGUGGAGGUCCUGUACCGAGGCUCCUGGGGCACCGUGUGUGACGACAGCUGGGACACCAAUGACGCCAACGUGGUCUGCAGGCAGCUGGGCUGUGGCUGGGCCACGUCAGCCCCAGGAAAUGCCCGGUACGGUCAGGGCUCAGGGCCCAUCGUCCUGGACGACGUGGGUUGCUCGGGGCACGAGAGCUACCUGUGGAGCUGCCCUCACAACCCCUGGAACACACACAACUGUGGACACAGCGAGGACGCCAGUGUCGUCUGCUCAGGUUGGUCUCAAAUAAGCUGCGUUCCUCCGGACCUCUUCCUCCGGAAGACACAGGAGAGUGCAUUUUCCCGUCUCCUUCCAGGAACGGAAUCAGGUUUGGCCCUGAGGCUGGUGAAUGGAGGUGACAGGUGUCAGGGCCGGGUGGAGGUCCUGUACCGAGGCUCCUGGGGCACCGUGUGUGACGACAGCUGGGACACCAACGACGCCAACGUGGUCUGCAGGCAGCUGGGCUGUGGCUGGGCCACGUCGGCCCCAGGAAAUGCCCGGUACGGUCAGGGCUCAGGGCCCAUCGUCCUGGACGACGUGGGCUGCUCGGGGCACGAGAGCUACCUGUGGAGCUGCCCUCACCGUGGCUGGAACACACACAACUGUGCACACAGCGAGGACGCCAGUGUCGUCUGCUCAGGUUGGUCUCAAAUAAGCUGCGUUCCUCCGGACCUCUUCCUCCGGAAGACACAGGAGAGUGCAUUUUCCCGUCUCCUUCCAGGAACGGAAUCAGGUUUGGCCCUGAGGCUGGUGAAUGGAGGUGACAGGUGUCAGGGCCGGGUGGAGGUCCUGUACCAAGGCUCCUGGGGCACCGUGUGUGACGACAGCUGGGACACCAACGACGCCAACGUGGUCUGCAGGCAGCUGGGCUGUGGCUGGGCCACGUCGGCCCCAGGAAAUGCCCGGUACGGUCAGGGCUCAGGGCCCAUCGUCCUGGACGACGUGGGCUGCUCGGGGCACGAGAGCUACCUGUGGAGCUGCCCUCACCGUGGCUGGAACACACACAACUGUGCACACAGCGAGGACGCCAGUGUCGUCUGCUCAGGUUGGUCUCAAAUAAGCUGCGUUCCUCCGGACCUCUUCCUCCGGAAGACACAGGAGAGUGCAUUUUCCCGUCUCCUUCCAGGAACGGAAUCAGGUUUGGCCCUGAGGCUGGUGAAUGGAGGUGACAGGUGUCAGGGCCGGGUGGAGGUCCUGUACCGAGGCUCCUGGGGCACCGUGUGUGACGACAGCUGGGACACCAAUGACGCCAACGUGGUCUGCAGGCAGCUGGGCUGUGGCUGGGCCACGUCAGCCCCAGGAAAUGCCCGGUACGGUCAGGGCUCAGGGCCCAUCGUCCUGGACGACGUGGGUUGCUCGGGGCACGAGAGCUACCUGUGGAGCUGCCCUCACAACCCCUGGAACACACACAACUGUGGACACAGCGAGGACGCCAGUGUCGUCUGCUCAGGUGACAGGCCCCAGUCCACGCUCCUGCCAGGAACGGAAUCAGGUUUGGCCCUGAGGCUGGUGAAUGGAGGUGACAGGUGUCAGGGCCGGGUGGAGGUCCUGUACCGAGGCUCCUGGGGCACCGUGUGUGACGACAGCUGGGACACCAAUGACGCCAACGUGGUCUGCAGGCAGCUGGGCUGUGGCUGGGCCACGUCAGCCCCAGGAAAUGCCCGGUACGGUCAGGGCUCAGGGCCCAUCGUCCUGGACGACGUGGGUUGCUCGGGGCACGAGAGCUACCUGUGGAGCUGCCCUCACAACCCCUGGAACACACACAACUGUGGACACAGCGAGGACGCCAGUGUCGUCUGCUCAGGUGACAGGCCCCAGUCCACGCUCCUGCCAGGUUGGUGGACUUCCGCAACUCCUACCAAUGGAACUGAAUCAGGUUUGGCCCUGAGGCUGGUGAAUGGAGGUGACAGGUGUCAGGGCCGGGUGGAGGUCCUGUACCGAGGCUCCUGGGGCACCGUGUGUGACGACAGCUGGGACACCAACGACGCCAACGUGGUCUGCAGGCAGCUGGGCUGUGGCUGGGCCACGUCGGCCCCAGGAAAUGCCCGGUACGGUCAGGGCUCAGGGCCCAUCGUCCUGGACGACGUGGGCUGCUCGGGGCACGAGAGCUACCUGUGGAGCUGCCCUCACCGUGGCUGGAACACACACAACUGUGGACACAGCGAGGACGCCAGUGUCGUCUGCUCAGGUUGGUCUCAAAUAAGCUGCGUUCCUCCGGACCUCUUCCUCCGGAAGACACAGGAGAGUGCAUUUUCCCGUCUCCUUCCAGGAACGGAAUCAGGUUUGGCCCUGAGGCUGGUGAAUGGAGGUGACAGGUGUCAGGGCCGGGUGGAGGUCCUGUACCAAGGCUCCUGGGGCACCGUGUGUGACGACAGCUGGGACACCAAUGACGCCAACGUGGUCUGCAGGCAGCUGGGCUGUGGCUGGGCCACGUCAGCCCCAGGAAAUGCCCGGUACGGUCAGGGCUCAGGGCCCAUCGUCCUGGACGACGUGGGCUGCUCGGGGCACGAGAGCUACCUGUGGAGCUGCCCUCACCGUGGCUGGAACACACACAACUGUGGACACAGCGAGGACGCCAGUGUCGUCUGCUCAGCUGCACAGACCAGUUCUACUACCCCAGAUCCUGUUUACAACGUCACCCGCCCAGCCACAAAUUAUACCUGCGGAGGCUUCCUGUCCCAAUCUUCAGGGAGCUUCUUCAGCCCAUUCUACCCUGGGAACUAUCCAAACAACGCCAAGUGUGUGUGGGACAUUGAAGUUCAAAACAACUACCGUGUGACUGUGGUCUUCAGAGAUGUCCAGCUUGAAGGCGGCUGUAACUACGAUUAUAUUGAAGUGUUUGACGGCCCUUACCACAGUUCCCCUCUGCUCGCCCGGGUUUGUGAUGGGGCAAGGGGCUCCUUCACCUCGUCGUCCAACUUCAUGUCCAUUCGCUUCAUCAGCGAUGGCAGCGUCACGAAGAGAGGGUUCCAGGCUGAAUACUACUCCAGACUUUUCAAUGGGAGCACAGAGCUGCUUUGCCUGCAGAAUCACAUGCGAGCCAGCGUGAGCGUGGGCUACCUCCUGUCCCUGGGCUACUCUGCCAGAGACCUUGUCAUUCCCGGCUGGAACAGGAACUACCAGUGUCAGCCCCAGAUUGCUUCAAGCCAGGUGACCUUCACAGUUCCUUACUCCGGCUGUGGCACCAUCCAGCAGGUGGAUAAUGAUACCAUCACCUACUCCAACUUCCUCAAAGCAGCUGUUUCGAGUGGCAUCAUCAAGAGGAGGAAGGACCUCCUCAUUCACAUCAGCUGCAAAAUGCUCCAGAACACUUGGGUUAACACGAUGUACAUUGCUAAUGACACCCUCGAGAUCAAGAACAUACAAUACAGCAAUUUUGACGUGAACAUUUCCUUUUAUACAUCCCCUUCAUUCUUAUAUCCCGUGACCAGCAGCCCAUACUAUGUGGACCUGAACCAGGAUUUGUACCUUCAGGCUGAAAUCCUCCAUUCUAACGCCUCCCUGGCCUUAUUUGUGGACACCUGUGUGGCAUCACCAGAUCCCAAUGACUUUACAUCUUUGACUUAUGAUCUCAUCCGGAGUGGGUGUGUGAAGGAUGAAACCUACCAAUCCUACCAGCAGCCCUCACCCAACGUCCUCCGCUUCAAGUUCAGUUCCUUCCACUUCCUGAGCCGCUUCCCUUCCGUGUACCUGCAGUGCAAGAUGGUCGUGUGCAGGGCGUACGAUGCCUCGUCCCGCUGCAGCAGAGGCUGCAUCGUGAGGGCCAAGAGGGGCGUGGGCUCCUACCAGGAGAAGGUGGAUGUCGCCCUGGGACCCAUCCUGCUGCAGGUCCCGCACGCUGAGAAGAGGAGCCUGGACCGGCCAGAGGUUGACCUGGAAGAGGAGGCCAGCGCCCAGGGGAGCUCCCACAGUGCCACCAUCCUUGCUGGGGUCUUCCUGGCCGUGCUCUUGGCCGUAGCAGCCUUCGCACUGGGGAGGAGCACCCGUGGUGUCCGUGGCCUGCCUCUGAGCUCUAGGAUGUGAAGCAGGGGAACACACGCGAUGCUCGGACGCAGGGCCCCACGCUCCGGAGCCCGUACGAGGAGGGGAGAACCCAGUGUCCAGAGCUUGGCAC